AGACAGACAAAAACUGCAGAGGAUUGGUUUGCAAAGGAUUAUUAAGGAAAGAACAAGAAAAAAAAAGAGAGAUAAAUUAAAUAACAAGAUAGAGAAAUCCCCAAAACCCAUGAUUUUUUCCCUUUAAUUUGGUUGAUACCAAAUAAAAAAUAGAAAAUUUAUGAAAACGCAGUUCAAAUUUUAGAAUCUCGUAGAAAAAUUUUCUUUUUCAAAAUAGGCUUCAUGUGUGGGUUUGUGAGACAAGGGGUAAACAGAAAAUGCAGAGGGAGAUAAUGAGCAAGAAGAAGAGUAGUCAGGUUCAUUGUCUUCCCUCUGGUGAUCUCAUGACGGCUUCUACUUCAAAACGCAUUCCUGAGAUCAGAUUGUACAAAGCCUGGAAGGGUAACAACCGAUUUUUCUGUGGUGGGAGGCUAAUCUUUGGUCCUGAUGUAUCAUCUCUCUUUCUAACCUCCUUCUUGAUUGGAGCUCCUGCCCUUACAUUCUGCAUAAGGAUGCUCUUCUGGAUCCGAAGAGGCGACCCUUCCUUCAACUACACCGUUCUGACUUCAGGAUUUAUCCUCACCCUCUUGGACUUUAUGUUUCUAUUGUUGACAUCAGCUAGGGAUCCAGGAAUCAUCCCCAGGAACAAAACAUCAAUGAAUCUUGAAGAUGGCUCAGAGAGUUCAUUGACACAAUCUAUGGAAUGGGUCAACAACAAAACUCCCCAUCUCAAGGUUCCUAAAACGAAAGACGUUUUCGUUAACGGCUACACUAUCAAAGUCAAGUUCUGUGAUACUUGCUUGCUAUACCGUCCACCACGCGCAUCUCACUGCUCCAUAUGUAAUAACUGUGUCCAACGCUUUGAUCAUCAUUGUCCAUGGGUCGGACAAUGCAUUGCCCGUAGAAACUACCCUUUCUUCAUAUGCUUCAUCUCAACUUCAACAUUGUUAUGCCUAUAUGUCUUUGUGUUCUCUUGGAUCAAUCUAAUCAGACAGCCUGGGAAACUAUGGAGGACAAUGUCUCAUGAUAUAGUCUCUGUCAUUCUUAUAGUCUAUACAUUCGUUGCUGUCUGGUUCGUUGGUGGCCUAACCAUUUUCCACUUCUAUCUAAUGUCAACAAAUCAGACAACUUAUGAGAAUUUCCGGUACCGUUAUGACAAGAAAGAAAAUCCUUACAAGAGAGGGUUACUAAAGAACGUUAAAGAAGUGUUCUUCGCCAAGAUACCGCCUUCUCAACUAGAUCUCAGAGCAAUGGUACCAGAAGAAGAUGACGUGACAAUAGCAUCUGAGUAUCAAUCAGAGUAUAGUUCAUCAGUCAGAUAUGAUUCAGAAAUGGGAGGCAAGCUCACUAAUCGGGAUAGUCCAAAGAAGCUUCCUAUGCGCGCAAGAAACUUAGAUAAUAUUGACCUUAGUGAUGACUAUGACAAAUCUCUGGCUACUAGAGAUGAUGUUUCUCUUGAUCUUUCUUCUCAUCUCAACUAGACUUGCUGCAAGUAAUUGCAAUGAAGAGACCUCCUGAUGUUGUAUCAUUUUUGUCUAUAUUGUCAAGAACAUUCUGAUGAAACUUGUGUAACAAAAAUUACAAACGACUGGAGGUUUGAUGUAUGUGUCAUUGUCAUGUAUAAGAAUCAAAACUGUAGACUUAGAACACCAAAAUAUUAAACAUUCGGUUGGAUUGGCAAAAAUUGUCUAAAAGAUAUGUUGUUGUCUAACUUUUCUAUUAUAUUAAUUUAAUUAAAUUGGUCUUUCCUGCUACUGUUUAUUAGCAAUGAACCUCUGUAACAAAUUGGCGCUAGAGCCUUCACUCUUGUGUCUCAGUAACCAAAUUAACUACCAAAUUUAGAAUCCGAUUAAAGAUCAAAACCGGUUUACAUGUCGAGUUGUGGUUCAGGGCUACAUUAUAAUUGACCACCUAAUAUUUGUUACACUUCUAUUAAAACAGGGCUGCAUUUAUACAGUAGAAUUAAUUAGUACUUAUGGAACCUUUUAAGUAGUUUUGAUAUUUGUUUGUAGUGAACUCUACCUCAACCCAUCCUGCUUUCUUUUCCUGGCUGACUGUUUGCUAGAAUGCUGCUGUCAAAGUUGAAAGAUUUGUAUGUUCGUGACAACUGCUACUCAAAACAUUUUAACUAAGGAAUGUUGUUUCCUGGUGGGUUGCCAGAGUCUUACUUGUUCAUAAAAAAAGUUCUAAAUUAGCCAUCUUCAUCUUUGUUUGACUUAUUCCUUCUGAGUCACUGAAUCUAUGGUUUGGAAAAGCAAAACUUAACCGGUAGGGACAAAACAUACUCGUUUGUUUGAAUCUCUGACAUGUCUGAGGUGGUCAAAGACCCACUAGUUUGCUUGUAAAGGUUUUGUUUUAUUAACAGAGAUCUGACAAUUUAAGUGCUUAGUGGAGUAGGACUAUUGUUCAAUCAUAACCAAAUUUGUAUUUCGAGAUUUAGAGACCAAUUAACAAUAAGAUUUGUCUCUGGUUUGAUAGUUGUAUUCUUAUCAAAGAUUUUGUUUCAGUGAGAUAUGUCCCUGGUUUGAUAAUGGUAUUCUUAUCAAAGAAAUUUAAGAUUUUUAAAUUUGUUUUAAUGACAUAUGUCUCUGGUUUGAUAAUGCAACCGUUUUUGUUAAAAAAAAAUCAGAUGUUUAAGAUUUCUGCUUUGUGUACAAGCAGAAGUCGACCGUCACUGUUUGUGGAUAAUGAAGCAGAAGGUGAUGUUCCUGAUCAUGCGGAAACCAUUAAAAGGCUUCAGAAACGUUGUUCAUCUGUUGCCUUCGGCUGAAACUGCUAGAGCCAAGAAGAAGGUUAUUUUUACUUCUACCUAGAUAUAUGUGAGUAGUAGUAACUCGAGCAUGUUAAUUUUCUUUUGUAUGUGUGGAUAACUUUUUGCUGUCUGUGUUGUUUAAUGAAGCUUGAUAAGCAACACCACGAGGAACUGAAAAUGGAAUUGACGGAAAGUGCAGUUAAUGUUAGCACCUUUGUGAUUGAAGAAUCAGUCCCUGAUGCAGAAGCCAGAUAAAAUUGCUCAAAAUGAGGCUGAUAUUGCCCACAUUGAUGAAGUUCCAUGUGUAACUGCUGCCAGAUUGUAAGAGACAUAUAACCGUUGAACACCUGAUUGCAAAUGGUGUUACAUUUUCCUAAUGCUAGCUAGUCGUAGAAUGAUAAAUUGGUCUUUUAGUUAUUGGUUAGUAGUAGUACUAUUACUUCAUACAUCAUCAUCAUUUCCUAGCUUCGUCCAAAACCUGUGCAUUCUUGCAAAUGUGUAUUCACUAUUCAUCCCUUUCAACUCUUCUGAUUAAUAAGGUAGUACUUGUUGAGACAUUUCUGGCCAUGGAUCAACCAGUUGCUGACUACAAUACCGAAGCUACCGGACUCACUGCGGCAGAUGUUGAAGGACAUGUAACUCUACAUAUGGCACAUGUGCAGGUACACGACUGUUUUAUUUGAGUGUAUGUUUACAUGAACUUAUUGAACUGUGGUUUUCUUUUUCUUUUUCUCUCUCUCUUGUGUUUACAGAUAACGUUGCGGAGAAUAAUUUCUCUACAUCAUGUUUUGGUAGGUCACCAUUUGAACAAGCAUCUAGAAUGUACUUUACAAAAAAAAAUUGUUCAAUUGAUGAUUCCCGUUCUCUUUUUUUUCUUAAUUAGUUAAAAUCAUUGAUUUCUAUUCCUUCCGUUUCAUUUUAAUUGUCGUUGUAGAUCAAAUUUUUUGUUUCUAAAUAAGUGUUGUUUUCUGAUUUUAAUGCUAAAUUCAUUGACAAGAUUCUCCUAUUUAUUUUUCUAUUGGUUGAAAUAUGGUUACAUGUAUAGGUAAUAAUGUUUUUAUUUUGAAAAUAUACAAAAUUAAGUGUUUUCUUAAACUAUGCAUAAACCUAAAACGACAAAUAAAAUGAAACGAAAGGAUUAUUAGGUUUGAAGAUGUACCACGCAAGAAUUAUUGAUACAUCGCUCGUUGUGGGUAAUGGCCUAAGGCGUACGUUGGAACAAGUUAAAAAUGCAAUGCACAUUAAAAGAGUUUUUCUUCUUUCUGUGUAUUUUGAUUGAUCUCUCUUAAUUUUUUUUUAAUUUUUAAUUUUGGCUUCUUCUAAUGGUUUCAGGCUUUAGGUAUGACUGGUAGUCGUAGAGUCGAGCAAGAUUGUAAGGCAGCAGCAAAGGAAGUAUUGACAAUCGUACGAGGCAUACAAUCAGGCACUUUUUCCCUUUAAAGAUUUAAUGGACCGAGGGAGGAAAAUUGAAGCCGCAACUCACGAGAAUACGUAGGGAAAAGAACACCAAGUUUUAUUUUUUUAGUUGCAUGGGUUUAUACAUUUAUAACCUUAGUUAAGUGAUGCUUUACAGUCAAAUCAAAAUGAACUGAAGUUGAAGUUGUAGUAUAUCCUCUGCAUCUGAAGUUCUAUUAUAUUUCCAUGUGAUUCUAGUUUCAUGCAUUGAUUUUCUUUGGAUGUUUGCUGUUUUCAUCCUAUGUUAACUUGUUCAUUCAACUCUCAUAUGAAAACGGUUCCAAUGACACGUAAAAGGGAGCAGCAACAGAUGAGAAGGGUAAUAUGUCUUAUCACUAAAGCUGAAAUUCUCAUGGACACAACGAGGAUGACGAGAACUUUGGAGAGGCUUGUGUGUCCUCUGUUUAUUGUAAAUCAGGGGAGAGAAACAUACUAUAUGUUACCUAAGUAAUUGCACAAGUUUUGGACGAAACUAGAAAAUGAUGAUGACGUAUGAAGUAGUAAUACUACUACUAACCAAUAACUCAAUCACAAAUGUGCUAACAUUAACUGCACUUCACGUUAAUUCCAUUUUCAGUUCCUCGAGAUGUUGCUUAUCAAGCUUCAUUAAACAACACAAACAACAGAAAGUUAUCCACACAUACAAAAGAAAGUAAUCCGCACAUACAAAAGACAGUGUAAAGAUACCUGAUCAUGGGUACAAGCGAAAACCUUAAUAGGAGCUUCAGACACAUCUUCACAGAGAACCAUAUCCGUGAAAAGAGAUAUUAUGACGUCAGGAUCCCUCCAACCCAUAUGAUGCUCUUGGCAUUUAACAGACCUAUCAAGACCUGCUAUGGGCAAGUUACUUCCGGUUACAACCCAAGACUGUAGUAAAGGAAAGAAAAUUAUAAUUAUUUUCCCAAAGAUUUAGAUUUAUAUGAAAAACAACUACCAAUAACACAAACCAAUCUAUUUUUUUUACAUUUUAACACCCUACAUAUUUUCUUUUUUUUUCUAUUAUAUUAACAUUUUCCAAUGAUUUUGUUUAAUAAAAGUGAACGUCCCACUAAUUUUAUUUCAUAUUGUUAUUUUCUUGAUGUGAUUAAUUUUAAUAGAACUUUCAGAUUUCAAAAUUAUUAUCAAAAUUCAUUUUAUUUAAAAGCUAUAAACAUUUUUUAAACUAUUGUAAAAUAUCUAACUAAAAUUUAUUAAAACUAGUAAAAAUUAUAGUAAAAAGUGUGCUUUUGUUGUAUCCAAUGAAACAAUUCUUAUUUAUAGAGUACUAGUGUUGACUCCAUGCUAUGCAUGUGAAUACUUUUUUAUCAUAAAAGACCAAAUUUCAGUUAUUUAUAACCAAAAUUACAUGUAUAACAAAAAUUUCAUUUAUCAAAGGGAGAUGAAUAUACAUAAACAAACCAAUAACACACAAACAUAUAAAAAUAAAAUAAGACUUUUUUGUGAAAAAAAUGCAUUGAUCUUAAUUAGCUAGCUGAAUACAAAUAUUAGUUUGAAGUUUUUCACUUCUUUAUCUUUUCUUUUUAAGUGUUUCUUUUCUCUCAUAAAUCUUAACAUGCAAUCUAUGGUUUCUUUGUCUGAUUACAUUCAGUAUUCCAAAACAAUUUUACAAAUCUGAUUAAACAGUAAAAACAACAU